AUGCUUCCCGCAAAUAAGGCACGAGAGUGGCAGCAACUGCAAUCAAAGAAGUAUGCGGACAAGCGGAAGUUUGGCUUUGUGGAGGCACAGAAGGAGGACAUGCCCCCUGAGCACAUUCGCAAAAUUGUCCGCGAUCAUGGUGACAUGACCAAUCGCAAGUUUCGCCAUGACAAACGAGUUUAUUUGGGAGCGCUCAAGUACAUGCCCCAUGCUAUCUUGAAACUUCUGGAGAACAUGCCAAUGCCCUGGGAGCAAAUAAGAGAUGUUUUAUAUCACAUCACUGGGGCCAUCACUUUCGUGAAUGAAAUACCUUGGGUUGUCGAGCCGAUUUAUGUCGCCCAGUGGAGCUCUAUGUGGAUCAUGAUGCGCCGUGAAAAACGAGAUCGACGGCACUUCAAGCGAAUGCGCUUUCCUCCCUUCGAUGAUGAAGAACCUCCGCUAGACUACGCCGAUAACAUCCUAGACGUCGAACCUCUAGAGCCAAUCCAAAUGGAUCUUGACCCUGAAGAAGAUGGUGCUAUUGCUGAGUGGUUCUAUGAUAGGAAUCCCCUCGCCGAGACUCCGCACGUGAAUGGUCUCACAUAUCGACAUUGGAAUCUUCCACUUCCAAUAAUGUCGAAUCUAUAUCGUCUGGCAAACUGCCUUUUGACUGAUCUUGUGGAUGAUAAUUACUUCUAUCUCUUCGACCUCAAGUCCUUUUUCACUGCUAAGGCUCUUAACGUCGCUCUACCAGGUGGUCCGAAGUUUGAACCACUGGUAAAAGAUAAAAAUCUCGAUGACGAGGAUUGGAAUGAAUUCAACGAUAUCAACAAGAUCAUAAUCCGUCAGCCCAUUCGCACGGAGUAUAGAAUUGCUUUUCCCUACUUGUAUAAUAGUUAUCCAUUCCAAGUUCACCUCUCAUGGUACCAUACUCCAAACGUUCUCUUCAUAAAGACCGAAGAUCCUGACCUCCCGGCCUUCUACUUUGACCCUCUAAUCAAUCCAAUUUCACAACGUCACACUGUGAAGGUUCCAGAGGCUCACGUCGCAAGCUUGGACGAGGAUGAAGAAUUUAGCCUUCCGGAGCACUAUAGGCCCUUUAUGACUGAGACGCCCUUAUACACAGAUAAUACGGCCAACGGUAUCGGUCUUCUCUGGGCACCCAGGCCCUUCAAUCUUAGGUCUGGUUGCACUCGGCGUGCCCUUGACGUCCCAUUGGUUCAAACCUGGUAUCGUGAGCACUGUCCCUCUGGAAUGCCAGUGAAGGUUCGUGUUUCUUACCAAAAGUUAUUGAAGUACUUCGUGCUCAACGCUCUCCAUCAUAGGAAACCGAAACCACAGCGGAAGCGCUAUCUCUUCCGCUCAUUUAAGGCUACCAAGUUCUUCCAAGCCACUACACUCGACUGGGUGGAGGUGGGCCUCCAAGUUUGUCGUCAGGGCUACAAUAUGCUAAAUUUGCUGAUUCAUCGAAAGAACCUUAACUAUCUUCACCUAGACUACAACUUUAACCUGAAACCGGUUAAGACUUUGACGACAAAGGAACGCAAAAAGUCACGUUUCGGCAAUGCCUUCCAUCUUUGUCGCGAGAUCCUUCGCCUGACCAAGCUAGUGGUUGAUAGCCAUGUGCAGUACCGUUUGGGCAACGUGGAUGCCUAUCAGCUUGCUGAUGGUCUACAAUACAUCUUCUCCCAUGUUGGUCAACUCACAGGCAUGUACCGCUACAAGUACAAACUCAUGCGACAAAUUCGUAUGUGUAAAGACCUUAAACAUUUGAUCUACUACCGAUUUAACACUGGUCCAGUGGGUAAAGGCCCCGGGGUUGGUAUGUGGGCACCAGCGUGGCGCGUCUGGCUAUUCUUCAUGCGUGGAAUCACUCCCCUUUUGGAGCGAUGGCUGGGCAACCUUCUGUCUCGGCAGUUUGAGGGGCGCCACUCCAAGGGCGUGGCUAAGACCGUUACUAAGCAGCGUGUGGAAUCGCACUAUGAUUUGGAAUUGCGUGCAGCUGUAAUGCAUGAUAUCAUCGACAUGAUGCCCGAGGGAAUUAAGCAGAACAAGGCAAGAACUAUUCUACAGCAUCUUAGUGAAGCUUGGCGUUGUUGGAAGGCCAACAUACCCUGGAAGGUUCCUAAUAUGCCCAUUCCUAUCGAAAAUAUGAUUUUGCGUUACGUGAAGGCAAAGGCUGAUUGGUGGACAAACACAGCUCACUACAAUCGGGAGCGCAUUCGUCGUGGAGCUACAGUGGAUAAAACAGUGUGUAAAAAGAAUUUGGGACGUCUUACUCGUCUCUACCUGAAAGCUGAGCAAGAAAGGCAGCAUAAUUACCUCAAGGACGGGCCGUAUGUCACACCUGAGGAGGCGGUGGCCAUUUACACUACAACGGUGCAUUGGUUGGAGAGCCGUCGUUUCUCGCCUAUUCCCUUCCCUCCAGUAAGCUACAAGCAUGACACGAAGUUGUUGAUUCUGGCACUGGAGAGGCUGCGUGAAUCAUAUUCUGUGAAGAACCGCUUAAACCAAUCUCAACGUGAGGAACUGGGUCUGAUUGAGCAAGCGUAUGAUAGUCCGCAUGAAGCACUGAGUCGAAUCAAGCGUCACCUGUUGACUCAACGAGCCUUUAAAGAGGUGGGAAUAGAAUUUAUGGAUCUAUACAGCCACCUUGUACCAGUUUACGACGUUGAGCCGCUGGAAAAGAUUACCGACGCUUAUUUGGACCAAUACUUGUGGUAUGAGGCGGAUAAGCGAAGGCUUUUCCCACCUUGGAUUAAGCCAGCGGAUUCUGAGCCCCCUCCGCUUUUAGUUUACAAGUGGUGUCAGGGCAUUAACAAUCUGAAGGAUGUUUGGGAGACUAGCGAGGGCGAGUGCAACGUGCUACUUGAGACGCGUUUCGAAAAAGUCUAUGAGAAGGUAGAUCUCACUCUGCUCAACCGUUUGCUGCGCCUCAUCGUCGAUCACAACAUUGCUGACUACAUGACAGCAAAGAACAACGUUGUGAUAAACUACAAAGACAUGAACCAUAUCAACAGCUAUGGCAUAAUUCGUGGACUUCAGUUUGCGUCAUUCAUCAUGCAGUACUACGGUUUGGUUCUCGAUCUUCUUGUUGUCGGUCUGGAGCGCUCCUCUGAGAUGGCAGGCUCUCCUCAAAUGCCCAACGACUUUCUGCAGUUCCAGGACACCGCCACAGAGGUUGCUCACCCUAUUCGCCUCUACACACGUUAUGUUGACCGUUUCUGGAUGUUUCUGCGCUUCAGUGCUGAGGAGGCAAGGGAUCUCAUUCAACGCUACCUCACAGAGCACCCUGAUCCUAACAACGAAAACAUAGUGGGCUACAAUAAUAAGAAGUGCUGGCCUCGGGACUCGCGCAUGCGGCUGAUGAAGCACGAUGUCAACUUGGGUCGGGCGGUAUUCUGGGACAUUAAGAAUCGUUUGCCACGCUCUGUCACCACGAUUGAUUGGGAAAGCUCCUUCGUGUCUGUAUACUCAAAGGAUAAUCCUAAUCUCUUGUUUGCGAUGUGUGGAUUUGAGUGUCGCAUUCGACCAGCAUGUAGGGCUCCUAGCCAGGCUUCCGAUGUUAACCUUCCGGGUGGAGUAUGGCAUCUGCAAAAUGAGGUGACGAAGGAGCGCACUGCUCAAUGCUUCCUCCGCGUAGACGACGAAUCGAUGCAGCGAUUCCACAAUCGCGUACGUCAGAUUCUCAUGGCUUCGGGGUCGACGACUUUCACGAAGAUUGUGAAUAAAUGGAAUACCGCCCUCAUUGGUCUUAUGACAUACUUCCGUGAGGCUGCCAGUUCCACUGUGCCUCUGCUGGACCUGUUGGUGAAGUGCGAGAACAAAAUCCAGACGCGCAUCAAAAUUGGUCUUAAUUCAAAGAUGCCGGCUCGUUUUCCACCUGUUGUCUUUUAUACCCCCAAGGAGCUAGGCGGUCUGGGCAUGUUGAGCAUGGGUCACGUGCUCAUCCCUCAGUCCGACUUGCGAUGGUCCAAGCAGACGGACGUGGGCAUCACACACUUCCGCUCAGGCAUGAGCCACGAUGAAGACCAGGUGAUUCCAACUCUCUUUUCCUACAUCCAGACCUGGGAGACCGAGUUCCGUGACUCUCAGUCCGUGUGGGCCGAGUACGCACUUAAACGUCAGGAGGCCAAUGCGCAAAAUAGACGUUUGACCCUGGAAGAUUUGGAGGACAGCUGGGACCGGGGUAUUCCGCGAAUUAACACUCUCUUUCAGAAGGACCGGCACACCUUGGCCUACGACAAAGGGUGGCGUGUUCGAACGGAGUUCAAGCAGUAUCAGGUGCUGAAGCAGAAUCCGUUCUGGUGGACACAUCAGCGCCAUGAUGGUAAACUGUGGAAUCUCAACAACUAUCGUACUGAUAUGAUUCAGGCCCUGGGUGGUGUGGAGGGGAUUUUGGAGCACACUCUCUUCAAGGGCACAUACUUUCCUACUUGGGAGGGCCUCUUCUGGGAGAAGGCGAGUGGUUUUGAAGAAUCUAUGAAGUACAAAAAACUGACGAACGCUCAGCGCUCAGGUCUAAACCAGAUUCCAAAUCGUCGAUUCACGUUAUGGUGGUCACCUACUAUUAAUCGUGCUAAUGUGUACGUAGGUUUCCAAGUACAGUUGGAUCUAACUGGAAUCUUCAUGCACGGCAAAAUUCCUACGCUGAAGAUUUCUCUCAUUCAAAUUUUCCGUGCCCACUUGUGGCAGAAGAUCCACGAGUCGGUGGUAAUGGAUCUUUGCCAGGUCUUUGAUCAGGAGCUCGAUGCCUUAGAAAUUGAGACGGUGCAGAAGGAGACUAUCCACCCUCGCAAGUCCUACAAAAUGAACUCUAGCUGUGCUGACAUCCUCCUCUUUGCCUCGUACAAGUGGCCUGUCUCUCGACCCAGUCUCUUGGCUGAUUCAAAGGACGUGAUGGAUGGCACAACGACGCAAAAGUAUUGGAUCGAUGUGCAGCUGCGUUGGGGCGAUUACGACUCCCACGACGUGGAACGCUACUGCAGAGCCAAAUUCCUCGACUACACCACCGAUACUAUGUCUAUCUACCCCUCGCCCACUGGCGUCAUGAUUGCCAUUGAUCUUGCCUACAAUCUUCACAGCGCUUACGGUAACUGGUUCCCUGGCUGCAAGCCACUCAUUCAACAGGCCAUGCUGAAGAUCAUGAAGGCUAAUCCCGCCCUCUACGUUUUGCGUGAACGCAUUCGCAAGGCUUUGCAGCUCUAUUCCAGCGAACCGACAGAGCCUUAUCUCAGCUCACAGAACUACAAUGAGCUUUUCUCUAACCAGACUAUUUGGUUUGUGGAUGACACCAACGUCUAUCGUGUCACUAUACACAAGACAUUCGAGGGCAAUCUCACAACCAAACCCAUAAAUGGUGCGAUUUUCAUUUUCAACCCACGAACAGGUCAGCUCUUCCUUAAAAUUAUUCACACCUCCGUGUGGGCGGGUCAGAAACGGUUGGGUCAAUUGGCCAAAUGGAAGACGGCCGAAGAGGUGGCUGCGCUCAUCCGUUCUCUGCCUGUGGAAGAACAGCCCAAACAGAUCAUAGUCACACGCAAGGGCAUGCUUGAUCCCCUGGAGGUGCAUCUCCUGGACUUUCCCAACAUUGUAAUUAAGGCGAGUGGUAACACUUUGCGCUUAAAAAAUUGGGUGUUAAACACACUUCUUUUGGAAUUUAGUCUGUUACCUGAAAUAGCAUUAGAUGUUGAUGUUUGUCAAUUUCUGGCGUAUUCCAAUUUGUGUGUUACUGGUCUUCUUAGGGGGCUUUUCAUAUAG